AUGGUAAGUGUUUAUCGUUUCUUGUUUCUCAUCGAGGAUAUAAAGAUUUCCCUCGGUAACAUUGUUUAUAUUAGUGAUGACAGAAAUUGAUGAUUAAAUUACACAAUUUCUAGUUGGCAGGUAUUAUUGUAUAUUGUUGAUUAAAUAUAAAGGCAAGAAAACAUCCCCAAUUUGAUUAGGUCCAAUGUGAAGAUUAGUUUUGUUUCCAGGAGAUAUAACUUACGCCUUACAGUUUGCCCUAAUAUUCGUCAUUUAUGGUUAAUGGUCAUGUCAUGACAUGAAUUCAAUCUUGUUCGAAAUCAAGGCCUUUUGAUCAUGUCAUGUGUUUACUUUGCUAUACAAGAGCCAUGGAGGCGUCAUUUCGUAGUACGUUUAGCAUACUGUCGUGAACUCAUGAUCUCCGAGGACAAAUCACAAAUGGAACCUGGUCCUGGAUAACAUUAAAAUUUAAAUUGGAUCAUGUGAACGAAACACGAGAAUGUUAGAAAUAACUGAACAGCCGACUUACUCUGAGUGACUUCAAUUAGAUGACACUAUAUGGCAGAAUACUAGUUUUAGAGAAAUACUUUCUUUAUUAAUCUUUAGGAGAAUGGAUGCAUCAAUCAUGGCUUAAGCGCAAGUCAGUUGGCGGUCAAUGAAAAUAGUCUCGAAAGUAGUGACAUUGCGAAUGGAGAACUCUUUUCUUUAAACGUAAUUAUGAUCCAGAUUGACAAAUGACAAUUUGCCCACACUUUUUCAUUUGUGAAUGUUCUCAGCUAGGAAGUUAUGUUUCAAUAUUGUUUAUGGUUUAUAAAUAUGAAAAUAUGUAUAUAGGCCAAGGAAAAUCGAUAAGAUUUUAGCUAGAUUCGGAUGGGAAAUUUACAAAAAAUAAAAACAAAUACAUAUAAAUGCAUAUAUAUUUAUGAGUACUUGACCGAGUGCUUUUUAUCUACAUGGUCUAUUCUCACAAAUUAUCUAAUUUCUAUACAUUUAUUUGGUAAUUAACUCUAUAUAUAUAAUGGUUAAAACUCUCUAAUUAUUCUAUAUCAUGUUCUAAUUAGAGCGAUACAUCAAUUUCAAUUUCCUCUACUGCAACCAACCUAAAAAGUACAGCACAAAAUGGUAUUGGUGCUUCAACUGACCUUGAAAACCCAUAUCGCAACAGCAUGUAUGUAGAAGAAGGAAGAAUUAUGUCGCUGCAGUUACCAACUGGAAAGAAAGGUAGCUUGGGAAAUACAAUGAUAAUGAUGAGUUGUGCCGAUACGCAUCUAGGCUCAUAAUGCACAUGCUACCGAGCCAGAGAAAAAUUUCAAAGCACAGAAGAGAACCAACUGUUAAUUUAAAAAACAUAGGCCUAUUUAGAUGCGAGAAAGUGAUUUUUCCAGUGUGUAAAUAAUUAAGACCACAGGCUUACGUAUAAUUCAGUAUUUCAAUAUUGUAUUUUUAGGUUUUAUUGGAGAUAUCGGUUUCUCUUUUGGUGGCGAGGAGCAUGACGAAAGCCUGGAUCCAAGUGAGUGGAAAACGGCACCCAUUCUUGUUGAAAGCGUAAGUCGAGGAAGCAUAGCAGAGAAAGCUGGCUUGGAAACUGGAGACGAAAUCAUUAAGGCACGUGACUGUGUUGUUUUAUAUCAGAUGCCAUUGGCUAACGUUAAUCUCAGGGUAUUUGGCUUCACAUCGACCCUUGGUUGAGUAGUCCAGCUUAAUUGCCAGGUGUGGACGCACUCAGAGAGCAUCGUACGUCUUAAAUAUAACUCCACCUGAGUAUAUUCACACCACAAUUAUUACAUUGAUGUAGAAAUUCCAUUUGCUAGUUUCCCUCAUUGGUUGAUAAGAAUCACUAUUCCGAGAAGCUCGUGUUAUCUGGUAUCAAGUUGCCCUCAAAUUUGUUGACAACAUUUUACGGAUGAAUUAGCUAGUGACAUUAUUUUACUGUAAAUGCUGAAAUAUUAUUGUACGUAUGUGUUUAGAUAAAUGCAGUCACCGUCGAAAAAGCCGCUCGAUCAUUGCCUGUGUCGUUGAUCAGAAAUUGCGACAAAAAGAUGAGAAUAAUAGUAAGAAAGGGAAUGGUAAGUGGAAAAGAAUAGUCGUGAUAGAAUACGAAUCAACUGCUGUGAACAAAUAAGUGUUGAUGCAAAGUGAAGACCCUCAAGAUAUAACUGUAAUAAACCGUUAAUACGUAUUCACGAUUAUAUAGGGAGCAAAGAGAGCGGAAAAUAUGGUUUUUAGCAGAGAGCAAAUUCAAGGUGGGAUAUAUAUUCCAAGUUUUUCUAGCAUCAUGAUUCAUAUCUCCAUUGUAGGUAGAAUUCUGCCACAACCUGACGUUAUGUUUCUCGAUAUUCUUACAGAAUUUUGCGAUGCAUUUUCUCUCUACGAUCAUAGUAAUAAACGUAGAAUUCUGGUAAAAGACGUUCCUCAUGUUUGCAGAAUUCUGGGAUACAAUGAAACGUCUCUGGCUUACGAUGACGCAAUAAGUACUGCCAGGACCAAAACAGGAGAAGCUGGUUAGUUCAAUGAUCUACCUUGAAUUCUCAUGUUUCGCGCACGAAUAUAUUUUUUAUCAUGACACCAAUCACAACCCUAUCCCCAACCCGUGUAUUGCGUUCGGUCGCCAAAACAUGUAUAGGCCGUUUUCCACUAGGCGGAGUUUUCCGCGCGGAGCGGAAUUUUUCUUUGUCUUGUGAUUUCUCGGGUGGAACUAAUUAGAAAAGACAAAGAGAAAUUCCGCUCCGCGCGGAAAAUUCCGCCUAGUGGAAAACGGUCUUAAGGAUAUAAUCAUUCAUUGAUGUGGAAAAUGAAGCCUGUUAAUUAAGGGAAAUUGUUUUGACUUGGAAUACGAGUCUACUGAAACACAUACCAAAACCAGAUUACUACAUUGUUUUGGCAGUACUCUUCGUCGCCAUUUUGGAUGAUUUUACUUAGAAUUAUAAAGGAGAAAAAUCCUUCGUCGAAUUCAUCCAACAUGGCGACGAUGACGUAAGGUCAAGACAACCUUUUGUUGAAGUGUAUACUUAUGCAUAUUUCAUCCUGUAUCAACGACAGAUGGGGAGAAGGUUCGCUGGGACACAUUUCUUGAGAUAUUGAAAGAAAUUCUGAAACAUCAAGAAGUUGAAAAAGACGCGCUCUCUGCUUAUGCGGUAUUUGAUCCCGGAAGAAAAGGCCAUUUUAGUAUACGCCAACUUCGAGAUGCUUUUGUAAUGAACUGCAAAGCCACCCCCCUGGAAAUGGCGGAAAUAUUUCGAAUGGCUGACCCAGAUUUGGAUGGGAAAGUUAAUGAAAAAGGUGAAUAUUUUAGUAAAUAUGGAACCAAUAAAAAUAAUCAUUCCGAAAUGCUACGGGUUAUCCACAAGUAUAGCCCCGGUUGUACUGUUCAGUUGAUUUUGCGGCUCAAACUGGCUCAAUAAUUCAAGAAGAAAAUUCAUAAAGUUUUUCUAAUUUAGCUGUUUUAAAAUCAUUUUCAUAACUGAUAACCUGAACAGUACGACCGAGCUGCAACGUACAACCUGCGAGAAACAUUUGUUCACUGAUUACGAUUCUCAACUGAAGUAGGCCCUAUUCAUAUAAAUAUCACAAAACACUAAAAACAAAUGCAUGGAGAAUCACUGGGAUUUUCACAAAGACAAUACGUGUCAUGUCAUGACGCACAUGCAAAUCAGUAAGGCUUCCUCACUUACACUUUCAGUAUUUUCGUUACAGAAUUCUUAAAGCUGCUGUAUCCAUUCGUGGAGAUGUACUAACAUAGUGACGUGUAUUUAAAUCAUUGUAUAUAUUUUGUAUAUAAACAUAUUUUUUACUGAUAAACGUUGUAUUUUUAAUAGUAUUUUGAUAUCAAUUUGUAUAUAUACUUCAAUCAUGUUAUCUUUUGUAUUUUAAUAUGUAAGACACAUGCAGUCAGUAGUCUAUAGAAAAAUUGUAUCUGUGAUAAAGUGUUCGAUCAAUGUUCAUAUUAAACAAAACUCAAACAAAAUCGGCUACCACAGGCAACAAAAACAAACGCGAUAGCAUCUUGGCGAAGAUACACGUUCGCUUCCGUACCUAUUUUUUUGAAACACGUCACAAUAAAGGGGGCCUAUUUUGUGAGUCGGAUUACGGAAAAGUAUCGAUUUUUGUAGCGGUUUACGGUGAGGAUACUAUCUAGCGGUGGCGGAAUUUCGCGACUUUAUCGCACGGUUUGCCUGGUAGGCAAAUUUAAUCGCGGAUUACGGUUAGAAAUAUAAUUCAGUACCCUUUCAUAAGGGCUCAUAAGCUAUCCGUCCUUCAUGGCAUUUUUGAAUGCUUGAAUUAUGCUUCGUAUAGAAAAUGGAUGGUCUUUAUCGCUUUGUGUGGAAAACAUGUCGGUUACGGUUAUACAACAAAAUGACGGGCGGUUGACGGAACAAGAGAAAAAAAUUGCGCGGUUUGCGGAAAGACUCCCCCCCCCCCCCCCCUAUAAUAGGCCCCCAAUAAAACAAUGAAAACAACGUGAUGGCCAACAUGUUUCGCAAGGUCACUGCUCCCGACACUGAACGUGGGAUACAAAACAAGUGAUUUUUCAAAACAAUGCAUAUGGCACUAUUGUUAUGUGGAGACCUUCAAUGUCUUCAAUGAGUCCUUCCCAGAAUGCAGCUGCACUGACUGGUUUCUUACUUACUGAUCUCACAAUAUAUGGUUUAUGAGCCUGUAAAGCCUGAUUCUCAUAUGUCGCCGACGUCGGUGAUGCCACUGUUUGAGAUCAGUGAAGCCUGAUUCUCAUAUGUCGCCGACGUCGGCGAUGCCCAUUGUCAUUGAUCAUUGAUGAGUAAAAUCUUUUGUCUAUGUUCUUCUUCACUGAUCUCAAACAAUAGCAUCGCCGACGUCGGCGACAUUAUUGAGAAUCAGGCUUGAAGAAGAACAUAGACAAAAGAUUUUACUCAUCAAUGAUCAAUACAACGACAAUGGGCAUCGCCGACGUGCCGACAUAUGAGAAUCAGGCUUAAGCCUGUUCGCGGGUAAGACUUUGUGAACGGUCCAGGUAUAUAUAAAGCGGUCGGUGACGUGCUCCGUGGCACGAUUUUUGGUGGUUUUGCAUGAGCACAGAGUGAGAGAGUACAGUAAGACUUGUCAAUUUUUCUUGGUUUUAUUUUACAUUUUUUGACAACUGUUUGGAUAAUAUGUCGUGAGUUCCUCUAUAUAUUUCAUUUUCCUGAUUUAGGCCAUAUAGUCAACUGAUCAAGAACACAUUUUGCAAAAAUGAGCAUUAAAGUUGGAAUAAAUGGGUAUGGCUUUCUCAUAAUAAACUUUUACUGGCCCUAUAAAAACCUGUAGUUUUUGUGUUGUAUUCAACUGUAUAAGUGUAAUUGGUACCAUUUGUACUUUGUUCAAACAAAUUUGUACUUUUUGUGUAGUUUUGGCCGUAUUGGUCGGCUUGUUAUGCGAGCUUCCCUUGAACAUCCUGAAGUUACCGUUGUUGGUGUAAACGACCCUUUUAUCGAUCUUGAUUAUAUGGUAUGUCUGUCUGUUGAUGUAACUUCAACGAAAUAUGGUAGUGAGCUGCAUCAUUCUAGUUUGUUUGUUGUACAAAUUGUGUGAAUUUUAGGGGGAAUUCUGAAAUAACCUCUUAUAGAAAUAACCACUUUAAUUUGGUUAUAUAAUUUUCAGGGUUGGUCAACCGACUCAACCAGGCCCGGAAAUAACUGUUAUAACCAAAUACCUAAUAACAAUUAACCAAAAUACCUGAAGAAGACUCAAAAUGACUGUUUUAAAUCUUAUGACAAAAAAUCACAAAAUGUAAACAUACCGAAUUUCAAUGUAAAUAUCCUGUAACACCAGAUACUGUAUACCCAAGACCCUGACUGGAAUGUUUGGAAAUUGCGUGCCGGAGAUUUCAAAAAUUUAAUAGUAAAUAUAUAGAAAGCAUCAAAAUUGCACGCCGGAGAUAUCCGCCACGCAAUACAAACUUUCCACACUGGCCCAAGACCCCUUAAAGACUCCAUAAUUUGUAAUCUGCAUGCAGCCUCAACCCGAAUUUCUUCAGGUUGAGGCUGCACGCAGGCUGCAAGUGAACUAAGGGAGCUAACUACUCAUGUUUAUAUACACUACAAAAAUGCACCCCCCCCCCUGCUAAAUCAGUACCUACUCACACUGAAACGGGCUGGGCCCAGCCCUGUUUUCACAAAAAUACAUUAGUUUGCAUUAUUUUUGUUUAGUAAAUUGCAAAAUAAAUUAAAAAUAAUUUCCAGGUCUACAUGUUCAAGUAUGAUUCCACACAUGGCAGAUUCAAAGGGGAGGUCAAAGCUGAGAAUGGAAAACUUUUCAUCAAUGGAAACCCAAUUGAGGUUUUUGGUGAAAGGGAUCCUAAGAAACUACCUUGGGGUAAAGUUGGUGCAGAUUUUGUUGUUGAGUCUACAGGUGUGUUUACAACAUUGGAGAAAGCAAGCGCUCACUUGGAGGGUGGGGCCAAGAAAGUGAUCAUUAGUGCACCAUCAAAAGAUGCUCCAAUGUUUGUCAUGGGUGUGAAUGAAAAAUCCUAUGAGAAGACAAUGAAUGUUGUCAGGUUGGUUGAUGUUAUAUGGUAGUAAAAAUGCCCUCCAACAGGUGCCAUUUACUAAAGGGCUUGAAUCCAGGUUCUUCCAUUAAUCUGGAUGAUCGUACAAUAAAUUAAAUUAAAUAUAACACCGAUGUUGUCCAAACAGAGACAGCAACAUGCAGAAGGUAGAAAACAAUUUGAAUGUCUGAUAUGAAUCAUCAUAUAAGUAAAAUAGACUAGACAAGAAAACCAAAUGCAGUGAUGUCAUUAUUUCAUUUCAGCAAUGCCUCUUGCACAACAAACUGUCUUGCACCAAUUGCUAAAGUUAUCAAUGACAAGUUUGGGAUUGAAGAAGGUUUGAUGAGCACAAUUCAUGCUUAUACAGCCACUCAAAAGACUGUAGAUGGACCAUCUGCAAAGGUAUGUACUCAAACACUACUACACACAGUGCUGUAUCCCAUUACAAACAAAAUUAGAAAUUAUGAGCAGAAAUGAAAACCUAAUACAACUCAAACUAUCUUAACCUGAGCAGGCUUAGAAUGUAAAUAUUGGCUUGCUCUGAAUACUAUUAGUUGUAUACAAGUGAAUGAGAUCAGUCAUGAUUCCUAUGAGGGUAUAUUUGUCCAAAGUUAUCUUUGUAUGGGUCAUUUAUAUUGCUUGAAACUGUGUUAUCUGCAUUAAUGUUUAGUCGUGGCGAGAUGGUCGUGGUGCUCAUCAGAAUGUGAUCCCAGCUUCGACUGGUGCUGCAAAAGCUGUGGGUAAAGUUAUCCCUGACUUGAAUGGAAAGUUGACUGGCAUGGCUUUCAGAGUGCCUGUUCCUGAUGUCUCUGUUGUUGACCUGACUGUGAAGCUUAAGAAACCAGUGAGUUUAAUUUACAGCUAAUUUUCAUGAUUAGUUAAAGGAUCAACAAAAAAGUAUGGGACACCAUAUUUUGUUCCUUUAGCAAAGCAUUGAAGACUCAAGAAUUUGAUAGUUUGUAAUAGAAGAUUGUUUAUACAAUUAACUGUACAAUAUUUUUGUUCUUUUAGACUUCCUAUGAUGAGAUCAAGGCUGCAGUGAAGGCAGCAUCUGAGACAAAGGAACUGAGUAAAUAUCUUGGUUAUACAGAAGAUUUGGUUGUCUCAUCAGACUUCAUUGGUGAUACUCAUUCAUGUAUUUUUGAUGCUCAAGCUGGGCUUGCUUUGAAUGAAACUUUUGUCAAACUAGUGUCAUGGUAAGCAUAGCUGAGAUUCAAAUGUUCCUAAUAUUUGCAAGCUUUCACCUCAACCAUGAUCAUUUUAAGAAUGAUGGAUUUCACUAAGUGGCCAACCAGAAGUUGUGUUUGAUAUCAAAUAUAACAGAAAUGUAGUUGAAUUUGAUUGCUCAUAAAAAGUACUGACAAGUAAUUCUGAAAUCGUAUCAAAUAAUAAAUAGGCCCUUUUGCACAAAUGCUUGGAUGGCAUGGAGAACAGUGGGAUUUUCCAAACAAUCAAAAGACAAUGGAACAAUCAGAUUAUACAGUUUUUCUCAUGCAAAUAGUACAUAUUAUACUAACAGAUCUAAAUAUUAUAUUUUUUAUUUUUAGGUAUGACAAUGAAUAUGGUUACAGUCACAGAGUGGUUGACCUCCUCAAGUACAUUGCUGCCCAAUGA